UUCCUCGCCAACUUUCUUUAAAUAAAGCUUCACAGACCCAAUACACUCGCUCUUACUAGACACGAAAAGCACCCCAAAAUGAAGAUCUCCCUUACCUGUCUCACAUUUCCCCUCAUCUCCAUCGCCGCUGCCGCUGUCUUGGGCAAGCGCGACCCGCUCCCUGGGAAAUUCACCCUCGAGGCCAGCAAUCAAGGCCUGCCAAACGUGAUCUGGACCGAACUCCACUGGCUCAACGGCUCUGCCUACAUCGGAAACAGCAAGUACAACUUCGGCAGCGAGAAGCUAGAAUUCACGAGCGGCGGUGACGGGCUAUCCUUUACCUCUUUCCAUUCGUCUCCCACCGGAUGGACCGACUUUUACAUCUUUCCGAGUGAAAGUCGUGCCGUGGGGUUUACCAUCCCGCACAGCGCGUUAGUGCCUCCCGGGGCGUCUACUAGGGGGUUUGAGAAUGUUGGGGGACAAUUUGCGUAUCAGGGGAGGAUGGAAUGGCAGGCUUGUGAUCAGGGUGAUGGGGUUUACCAGAUUUAUUGGGAUGGUGCAUCGUCGGCUAGAUGCGUGCCUGUUGGAUUGUACAUCAAGCCGAGUGCUUGUUAGAACGGGUGACGUGGGCACUUUGUCUUAUUAUUUGACUAUUAUGGCGGCAAUUAGGGCUAGGAUGGAUGGACAUUAACUGUCGUCGUGAAUAACUGCUGUUUAAUGGGAUUGGUUGUGGGUUUUCAUAAA